AUGCCCCAAGAGCGCGCGCAAGCCGUGUCGCUGUGUUGGGCAAAUAACUGGCCCCACCUGGCUGAGGCCUGCAACGGCGUUGUCGUAGGUAUCACAACAACAACCACCUUCUCCGGCUUCCACAACAUAACCCAACUCGUAUCCUUCGCGACGGGCUUCGCCGCACUCUCCGCAAGCGGGCGCGUGUGGACGUGGGGUGACGCGCGGUUCGGUGCGUGCCUUGGGCGCGAGACCAGCACUUCCCCUCACCACAGCCCGGCAGAGAUGCCGGGGGCAGUCGAGGACGUCUUGGACCUGCCGACGGGCCGCAUCGUCCGGCUCGCGGCCGGCGGGUACGUGGUUGCGGCGCUGACGGCCGGGAACGACCUAUACGUGUGGGGCCAGGGCCAUCCGGGGGGCCGGCCGUUGCCUGUCCUCGAGGGGCUCACGGAUCGGCCUGCGCCGGUGGAUAUUCAGGACAACGACAUUGUCGACGUCGCCGUAGGGGACGCGCAUCUUGUCGCUCUGACGACCGAGGGGCAGGUCUUUGUGAUUGGCGACAACAGCAACGGGCAGCUGGGGCUGCCGGUCAAGGCUGUAGAUAGCUGGAGGGCGGUCAGUAGUGUGCCGGGGGGGGGCACAGGGCAGUCCGUGGUUGGAGUCGCAGCUGGUCCGCAAAACUCCUUCUUGAUGGUCCGUAGUUAA